CCAACAGGCACUCCACCAAUCCAACGCAAGACUUUUUCCAACAUAACCCCUCCAUCCAAUUACCAAAUGCAUUUGAAAGGCACUAGAACCUACUUGGAACCCCGUGUGGGGCUCAACCAUGUGGUAGAGGUGAUUCUAAAUGUCCGUCGAGUUGAUGUAGACUGGUUCAACGCCAAUGGUGAGGCCCAUUUUCAAGAGAUACUCCAUCUCUUGUCGGAAACCAUGGUCCCUCGCCAAUGCUAUACAGAAGUGGAGGAAUAUUAUCACAAAAAGGAACCUCAUCGGUUUCCCAAGGACGACGAGGAGAAGAUUGGAGAAAAGAAUACUACAAGUAAAAAGAAACAGGCCAAUACUAAGAAGAGAAAGCGUGCUACCAAAAAGAAACAAACUGCUGUGGUGGGACAACAACAGUCCGAGGAAGAAGAAAAGCAAGUAAAGGUGAAAGAUCUCUACUAUGCUUUUGGAGAAAACCUUUACUUGGCAUAUCGGACCGAAGAAAUCAACGUGUACAAAGGAGCUACUCUAGUCAUCAAGCCAAAUAAUCGUGAUGAUGAUGACAGCAAAAAGAAAAAGGAUGACAAGAUUGGGACGGGAGGAUAUAGAAUGCUCAGCAAGCUAUCCAAAAGAUUUGUGGUCUGGUGCUUCAAAACAGAUCCCAACAAUCCAUCGGCCUCAGAUCCACCUGAUGCUGGAUAUCUUGAACCAGAAGCUGUUCCCAUUGCCAACCUCUUCCGGGCUCCACCAGAUGAAGAUGAGGAGGUUGAGAAGAAACCAAAGGCUAGAGCCAGGAAAAGUCGUAGAAAGAAGUAGACCAGAUAGUACAGAGAGUAUCCCUUCUUUCAUUUAUCUAAUUGUGGUGGCUACGCUAACACUGUGGUCUUUUCUCUUGAUUCCAUGGUCAUGCUUGUUUGUUUGUUGUCGAGACUAUCCCAUUUUUCACUGUAUCUGGUACAUGUAGCAGCAGCACUCAUCGUUUAUUGUUUAAUUGUCGUGGAUGAUGAUGAUCCCCAAAUGUUGGGGACCACAUCGUUUUCUCGCAAAUACAUGGAAAAGGCCGAUUCUCGCUUGUCACUGGUGUACUCGAGCGGAUCGUAGUCCAAAAUCUCAUCGGGAAAGGCUUCCUUGGCCACUUCGGCACCUCGUCCUCGUUCCCGUGGAUCUUCCACCAAGGCAUCGUACGCCCGCGCAAACCCUCGGCGCAAUCCUUCAAAGAUUUCUAAUCGUGCCGUUUCCAACUUGGUCACUUCCGACGAUCCCGGUGGCAAUGCCAUGGUCAAAAUGUGCGGCUCUGCGGUGGACCUGUAAUCGCGUGUACUGUUGGCAUGCUGAUUCAAAUACAAGACAUCUUCGGAGUAGACCUUUUUGUGCAUUUGCGCCCUGAGGUACUUGUAGAUCUUGGGCAACCAGUUCUUGCGCAACAGGAAUCGUUUGAAAAUGAGUUUUUCAAAAAAGCUACCCUUGCCGGAAACGUCCGUACCAUCCGGUCGCGACCGGAUCGUCACCACGUGCGUGGCUCCUUCUCGAAUGGCCGCUCGAAAGGGGAGUGGUUCGUACAGGAGUGAGUCUGCCAAAGGUUCCAUACAGUCAUCCUUGAGAUUGUUGCCGACAAUAACCUUUUGUCCCGUUUGAUUGGUGGCCACGGCCGUGCGAUUCAAGUUCAUCAUGGGUCCGGCCAAUCCUGGUAACAAACAAGAGGCAUGCAUGCACGAGGACAGUUCAUCCAAUGUCUCAAAGGAUCCAUUGGCCAUGUCCAUAAUGAUGGCCUUUUCCGAUUUGAGUCCGGACGCUACAACCUUGAGUGGUUGUACCUUUUGCAUUUCGACAAACUUGUUCCAGUCCAGUGGUUUGUUUUCCUGAAGUGUCCUUUUGAGCAGAUAGGAUAGGUUGAGGACUGGUUUGCCUUCUUCGGGACGCGUCAAGACAUCUUUGACGAGACGUGGAUCGAGCAAUCCAAGUCCCAGACACCGCAAGAGACGUCGGGUAUCGAUAAACUGUCGUCCGGCCGUUGUCAAGGCAUCAUAGUAGACUUCGGGACCAAACCAGGGCAAUUGACGCGUAAUGAGAUAGGAGCCCACAAUGGAACCAGCCGAGGAUCCGUAAAUGACAUCAAAUGCAUCGGACAGAUUCAAGUAGUGAAUGGCGGAUACCAUUCCCGCGCUGACACAGCCGCGCAUGCCACCUCCUUCAAUGGCCAAGGCAAUCUUGAAAUUGUCGGGUCGGGUGGUAGCAUUGGGCUGAGAGUGGGUACGUCGUCGUUCGUGCAAGAGUUGUGCCACGGGAUGCACAUAGUCCAAGUCCUCCGUGGAUCCAAUGUGUUGUGUAUCGCCUUGCACAUAGAGGGAAUUCAAGAGCGGCUGAUAGUCAAUGUCUCCCUUGUCAUCUCGAAAUCGGCGUUCUUUGUCUUGGAAAUAAUCAUUCAGAUCUUGUACAGUCGAUAUAUUGUAUUGAGUAGGACUAGUAGCUGGCUCGGUAGAUGUUCGUGUGGCCACCUUGGCUACAGCUGCUUGCUUCUCUUCGUUCUUCUUCUUUAUAGCAGAUGCAGUGGAUGUAAAGCCAAAGGAGUUGAGGAAUCGGACUCGACGACUGACACGUGGAGUUGUGCUGGGGCUGCUGUUGCCAUUGGCAGUUGGCAUGUCAUGUGGGACCACCGACAUGAACAAGUUGGGUUGGUUGGCAGGCCAUCGGAUGCUCUUGGUUGUACCCGGAACAAAAGCUACCACCAACGCUGGUAUACCCCAUAAAAGAGCCAAAAUCCAGCAUUGGAUAUUUCUUAUGCCAUGGUUAGCCUUGACGGAACAUCCUCUUGGUACCGCAGCAUUGGACGAAGAAGUUGACAAAAAGAUCCCCAUGGUAAGGGGAUAUUAUACUGUAGAGAGAAUGUAGAGGUUUGAAAGAACAAAAAUAGUAGCCGAAAAGUUAGUGGAUAUCAGUGAGCUUGCCAGCAAGUAGACCAGUUUCGCUC